ACAAGCGGAGGUGUCCUCUCUGCUUGUGCCGUGUGUCUCGGACGAAACCCGCACAGGAUCAUCAAAUGCAAAGUGUCCAAGACGUGGGAUGACGCGUUCAAUACAAUCUGCUUGCACAUCAGGAGAGUACUCACCAUGCGAGACGGGAAACCUGUAUGCAGCGAUUGGCAGCGCGUCAACAGUUGUGUCGAAGUCACUCACGACCGACAACACUUCUGUUCGGGGUGUGGCAGCUCGACUCACAGAGCUCAAACAUGCCCUCGAGCUCAGAGAGCUUAA